AUGGCUGAGGCGCUUCGGAUCAGCCUGCUCCCAGGCGAUGUCCGCGCCAGAAUCUCGUCAACAUGUGAUAUCACCACACCGGAAUCUGUCAUCGAAGAGUUGGUCAGAAAUGCCCUGGACGCAGACGCCCGUUCGAUUGUCGUCGAAGCGGAUUUUGCGAGAGGCUACAUUGCCGUUUGCGACGAUGGCAAUGGCAUCAAAGAGGUGGAAUUCUCGCAGCAAGGGCAACUCGCCAAAUUACACUGCUCUUCUAAGUUCAAUGUGCCGCUGCCAUCGUACGGUCGGUACGGCCGCUUUCUCUCCAACCUCUCGUUCAUAUGUCUGCUGUUCAUCGCCUCCCAGCAUCACUCCGAAUCGACCGCAAGCCGGUUGGUCCUUCACCGCGGUGUCGCUGUGAAUCGCGAGGUGCGAAUGUGCAAAGAGGAGGUUGGACUCAUCCGACAAGGAACGAACGCCGUGGUACACAACCUGUUUGGCGAUAUUCCUGUUCGACGCAAGCAGUUGUCAGUACGCUACUCUUCUGCGCUGGAGACUGAAAAGGCGUUCGAGCGGGUAAAGAAGAUGCUUGUCGGUUACCUACUGGCAUGUCCUCGCAUGGUCGAGAUGCGGUUUACUUUGAAAGGCGAAAAACAACACGAUCUUCGUUGCAGCUCGUCCCAGGUGGGCAGUACGCCGUUGUCGCUGGAGUCUACCGUGUCUACUCUCUUCCAGUCAAGGUUCCUGGGCACCCUAGACACGAAGCGAUGGCGUUCAGCCUCUGUCCGAACAAGUCACUUCUCCAUUCGCGCCGCUAUCUCGACACGUCCAGCACCGUCCAAGGCAGCGCAGUUUAUCUCAGUCGGGCAAGUGCCAAUCUGGCGUAGCAAGGGAGCCAAUUCUUUAUUUGAGACAAUCGACCGUCUGUUCGAGGCAUCAAACUUCGGCGCCUUGGAUGCCAACCGGAGUAUAUCAGGGAACCGAAGUCGCCGACGGGAAGGGGAUCAGCCCAUUACAGAAGCCAGCAAAUUGGGCAAAGGCAUCGAUAGGUGGCCUAUGUUCUACCUUCGAAUUGACACCGAGCUGGAGCAAAUCGCCUGGUUGGUGGGACAGAAUGAACCUUCGGCGGAUGCGAUCCCGGUCACAGUGCAUCUGAAAAAGGCAUUAGAAUCGCUUGUAUCCCACUUCCUGACCAGCUCUGGGUUUGCUCAUCGACCAAAGCCAGGAGACGUGAGUAGGUUACGCAGUGGUACAAAGCACAAAGAUGACCCUGGUGAUCAGUUGCAAUCAAGGCUGCCUGUUUCUGAGCUUUCACGAAGUGCAACCGAAGCUCGGUAUCUGAGCUAUUGGCACAGGGUGAAGAGUGCGUGGCCAUCAGAGGAGAAUUUCCGGUACGGCUUAGGCCUUGACGGGGCCGUGGAUGACGUCCCAUCACCUGCAGAUAUUCUAGAAGCGGAUCGUUCGCCUGCCGAUGCUCGUUUUCAGGAGAGCGAACCGGCAAUAGGACUGCAUAAUGCACAUGUCGCGAGUGCUGAGGGGGCCGACAGUACCACCGACCUUUUGUGGACGAAUCCACGCAACGAUCAGAUGAUCCAUCUCAAUCCUCGCACGGGAGCAAUCGCGCCUACAGCAGGACCGCAGGGUGACGGUCGUUUGGAGGGAGGUUGCGGACAUUCGAGCCGAGCUCGGACGUUACCACCUAAUACACGAUCCGGUCAUACAAUGCCCCAACCAAGGCCGCCAGCGAAGACCCUUCAGAAAUACUUUAGGACAACUUGCGUGCAGCUGGCUGAAGCACCUGUUGCAAGCAUUGCACGUGAGGAGUGUCCAGCUCUGAGAGGAGAACAGCUUGGCCCCGGACCUGCAUCCAAUGUUAUUCCCUCCUCUCAGGCUGUGACGACGCGCGCGCUUUCUGCGGCAAGGGCGAUCCAACAGGUUGACCAGAAAUUUGUGCUCGCUGCUGUCGCGGCUCACACCAAGCACAAUGAAGGCAUUGAGAGAAGUCUGAUCGUUCUUAUCGACCAGCAUGCGGCUGAUGAGCGGAUCAAAUUCGAGCAGUUGUGCCAAGAGUUCUGCAAGCGAACCUCUACUACACUUUCCAGGCCACUGCUCUUUGAGGUCGACGAAACUGAGGUACGACUUCUUGAGGAGCAAAGAGCGCAUUUCCAGAUGUGGUGCCUCCGCUACAACCUCAUCAAAGUCCCGCGGGACUCGACAGACACCUGCAAGCCUCCACUGCGGAUAGUAGAGGUCACCACGCUGCCAAGUCUCCUUGCGGAACGUUGUCGAGUGGACCCAAAACUCCUCAUCGGUCUCAUGCGACGAGAAAUAUGGUCAGACCGGGUUCGAUCUCAUUCCCUCGCGGCUCACCGCGUCGAUCAAACUUCGCAGAACUGGUGGUCAGACCUCGCAGGUUGUCCCCAGGGUAUGAUCGAAAUGCUCAAAUCUCGAUCGUGCCGCACUGCCAUCAUGUUUAAUGAGGUUUUGAAACCUGACCAAAGCCGCGAGCUAGUCCGAAAGCUUGCUCAAUGCAUUUUCCCUUUCCAAUGUGCGCACGGUAGACCCACAUUGACAGUGGUGGCGGAUUUGCAGGAUAUGAAAAGCCUCAUCCCUGCCAUCAGCGCGCACACGCGCAUUAGCGACUUCGCUCUUGGAUAUGGCGAUGUUUGGAGGGAUUGGAUUGAUACUAAGUGA